AUGGAAAAAAUGAAAUACCUGCCCGAGUUCGAAGGCGUGGGACUAUGCGCCCUCAAUCUGAUCGACGAUAUGCAGGAGUACAUGCGGGGAUUAUUCCUCAUUAUGUACUGUGGCCCCAUGACACUGCUCGGGUAUCUCUACAUAAGGACAUCCCGGGAGCUGAGGCCACCCGAUGGGCCCCUAUCGAUAAUGAUGUUCGAGGCGAGGGCCGAGGCCAGGAGUAAACAGCUACGGGCCAGCCGGCACGGAACGAGAGCCGGUUCGACGGGUGGUGGUGGAGGCGCUGCUGGAGGGACAACUGUUGGCGGGACGGAUCUUAGUGCCGGGUCACGGACGUACGACCUCUACGAUGCCGAGCUGGACGUGAGUCGGGAAAAACGAACCCAGCGACAUCUGGGCGCGAUGGCAUCGACGCAGAUUUUGUGUGUCUGUCCGCUGAUGAUUCUAAGGUUGGCCCGCAUGGCCCUGGAGGAAACGUACGAAAACGAGGCGCACUUCGACAUCACCUAUCUGAUGUUCGUUUGGAUGGCGUUCCUGCCGACGGUGAUUGUGCCCUGGAUCUACGCCAACUGGGUCCUGUCGAGACCGGCCAAAGAACGGCUCCGGGGCUACCUGCGGUUAUCCUCCCGUCGCAACACCGGUACCAAGUCCGAACAGUCCCUGGACGACAACAGCUCCCCGCCGGGAGUAAAAACGCCCCUCUCCACGCAAAUGUCCACGGUAAGUCAUCCGACGGAGUCAUCUCCCCCAACCCAGCCGGAGGUCCCUUCUUCCGGCCCUGCUCCAGUUCAUCCACGCAACAAAUCGCUGCCGUCGAUCGAUCGCUCCAAAUCACCUGCGGGAGUCAGCACCAAGACCCAACAGUCCACGCUCGAGAGCACCAUCGCGGAGAGCGCCCUCUCCGGUAACGGUGUGGCCAAAGUGUCUUCAACGACCCGUCCCCGAAGGCAACUUCCUCCUCCGCUGCGGAUUGAGCACAGCAACUUCGAUAAGACUCCCGCGCGGAACUUAUCGGGAACAUCGGUUCAACGGUCUUCACUGAAGUCCACCAGUUCGGGCAGCGCCGGUCGGACCAGCGAACGAACUCUCCCUCCAAACCCAAAGCCCAAAUCUGUCGAAAAACCCCCGGAGGAAGAAGACGACUACUGCUCGUCGAUAGCGGGCCACUUCUCGAACAUAACCUCCAGCACGGACUGCAACAUCAACGAACGCGAAGUGGUCGCACCGGAGCUGUACGAACCGCUUCACGCUAUCCCACGGCAGAACGUCCUCUACAAAUCGACGUCUCCGUACUACCAGGGCGGUAACGAUUCCAACGACUCCGACUCGGACAUCUACCAGAGGCGACCCGCCCGUUACGGAUCGCUCUCCAAGCCGGACUCCGGCAUCCGCAAGGGUACCCCGUCGAUCAUCUCCGGAACUGACAGUGAGUACUCCUCGCGGAAGGGUUCCCUCAGUACGCUCUCGCGGGACAUGGAGAUCAUCGACCGGCUGGAGCGCGAACGCAGCAUGGACAUCCAAGAGAUGAUCCAGCGGGAGAACUACGAGUACUACCUGUCGCGGCAGAACAGCAAGUUCAAGUUUUCUACUAACUUUGAUGACUACUUCGAGGAGGAACCUUCGGCGGUGCCGGUGGCUGCCGGAUCCGGGUCCGGUUCGCAGAAACCACGUCCCGUGUCACCGCACAUGGUCCGCAAUGCGUCGAAUCGGCGGAGCAACUCGAGCCACGCUUCUGGUAAGAGGGAUAGUGGGUAUGAAACGUCGCUGCCGCCGGUGCAACCGGUGGCCUUGGUGGGCAAGAACGGCGGACCAGGUGCCCAUUUGUACAGUGGACCUCGGAGGUCGCUGGAGCUGGAGCGGCACCACAAUCUGCAGCAGCAGCAGCGGUUCAACCGAACGUACAGUGCGCAUUCGGCGCGCGGAUCGACCAAGUCUCGGGAUCGGGUUAGCUUUCGAGAUAAUUUGUAAGAGGACCAAAAGAAUGGAAGGCAUAUGGGAAAUUGCGGUGCCAAAGAUUGGGGGGGGAUUAGAAUACAGCUCAAAUGGUAGCUAGGGUAAUCGGGAAUCGUGAGAAAACAAAUGUAGAGUAGUAGGUUUGUUAGCAGAGGUUGGGGAUGUAAACAUUUUUUGGAAUGGUUGAAAAAGUGAACAUUUAAUAUGUAAAUGCUUUGAAGGUUCUACCCUGGCCAAGUUCGCAGGGGUUGACGGUAUUAAAGUGAAGGAGUUUCAUUUUGAUUAUUGUAAUGUAGUAUUCUUUAGUGAAACAUAUCACCUUUUUAACACUUUAAUGCGCCUCCAACGGUUCAUCACGAACCGGCUGCUGCAGAUGGAGUAUGGCUGAUCAUAUGCAUCAGACAUGCUCGAUAAACAGGAGGAACCGCCGGGGCUCAGUAGAGUCUAUUCCCAAGCAAUAGUUCCAAGUCGGUUGGAUUUGAGAAGGUUUUGAUGAUCGUUACAAAUCCUAAUAAAAGUAUUAUAGGAUUUGUGACAGGUUUUGGAACCUUUUACAGCCAUCUGACUUCAAAAUGUUGUUCGGGCUCUAUUUCCCACGUUUCUCGGUUGAUUUUUAUUACAUAGUAAUUUAUUAAUGUCAUAGUCGCUUUUUCGAAUUUUUACAAUGUUAGUUGGUCAUAUUUUCUUUAAAUAAAGCAAUAAAAAUCGACCGAAGAAACAAUAGUGGGAAGGAGAUUUGCAGCACUUAAUUGUGCUGAUAGAUUCGAAGCUAACGUGCGAACACUUAAACGCAUUGUUGACGUCAAUGCGUUCGACGUGACAUUUUGGACAAAAACUGACUGCUUUUUAUUAACUGAACAACGUUAGGCUACGCUUGUGAAAAUGACAUGGUUCAUCUAGGUAGGACCGAUAGGACAAUUGAACGAAUUUAAGGUGAAUAUAUGACGAAGCCACACCUAAAAUUUUCAAGAGCACAAAUCUGAAGAACCGAAUGUCGGUUUGCGCUGAAAAGUUGAUCGAUUGGUUACCC